AUGGGAACAGGAGCGGAGGACGAGGGAGCAGUCAAACAGAGGGCGGGGAGUAGAGGUCAGCACGGGAACUCCUUUCGCUCCCUGCCCAUCUCUUGCUGCCUCCUCCUUGGUCCUGAGGCCAACUCUUGGAGAACUCCCGCAACGAAAGAAGGCAGCCUGAUGGAGCACCUCCGGCUCUGCGGGAUGCGGACUCCAAGCGGGAUGGUACUCUGGCUGUGGCUCCUGAUCGCGGCCGUAUCUUGUGGGCUGCUGUUAGCCUUUUACUAUUCAGCCAACUUUUUGACCAAGAGCCCCCUGCAAGAAACCAGGCAUGAAAUAUCAUCUGUAUCUCAUUCUACCAAUCCUUGGACUAGAAAGCACCAGCCCUGCAACCGCCCACUGGUCCCUGCCACUCAACACCACUACCUUUUCAAGCAUAAGUUUAACUUCAGUGUCCCAGUGCUGUUAAGCGGCAGGCUCUUCACCCAGGAGCUCUGGGACCAACUGAAUCAACAGAAUGCCCCCUAUGGCUGGCGGGGGCUUUCCUAUGAAGGUAUAGCUUCCACGUUGAGCCUCCUGAAUACCUCAGCCAAUGCUCAGCUGUUUGAUUUCUCCACAAAACAACGCGUGGGUUGCAUUCGAUGUGCUGUUGUGGGCAAUGGUGGCAUUCUCAAUGGGUCCCAUCAAGGUCCACAGAUUGAUUCCCAUGACUUCGUCUUCAGGAUCAACGGGGCUGUGAUCAAAGGCUUUGAAGAGGAUGUGGGCACCAAGAUUUCAUUCUAUGGCUUCACUGUGAACACAAUGAAGAACUCCCUGAAAGCUUACAGGAAUCUGGGCUUCACUUCAGUGCCCCAGCACCAGGACCUGCAGUAUAUCUUCAUCCCUUCAAAUAUGCGGGACUACCUGAUGCUAAAGUCAGCCAUUCUGGGUGUGCCUGUUCCUGAGGGUCAUGACAAAGGAGAUAAACCACAGACCUAUUUUGGACCGGAUGCCUCCGUGAGUAAAUUCAAGCUGUUACAUCCAGAGUUCAUCAGCUACCUGAAAGAGAGGUUUUUGAAAUCAGGCCUUAUCAAUAAAAAGUACGGGCACCUGUACAUGCCCAGUACUGGGGCCCUCAUGUUGCUGACAGCUUUGCAUACCUGUGACCAGGUCAGUGCCUACGGGUUUAUUACAAGCAAUUACCACGAAUUUUCUGACCAUUAUUAUGAUCGCAAGAAGAGGCCCCUGGUGUUUUACGUCAAUCAUGAUAUGCGCAUGGAAAGCGAUCUGUGGAAGAAUCUGCAUGAGGCAGGCAUUAUGAAUCUAUAUCAGCGCCAAAUCCAAAGCCAAGCCAAGCCACAAAGUACUUAAACAGCAAAGCUCAGCAUUUUCAGUUUGAUACAGAAGCCCUGUCUUUGGUUAAGAAUUUACAGACGGUUUGCCAGAGGCAUUAUCUUGAAACUGAAAAAUGUCCUAACCUACAAUGGAGAUGAAAAAAUACAUAACAUGCCAGUAGGGGCCACCAUGCCUUGUUGCUGAUUUUCCUGCAUUUUAAAGCCGACUCUGUAACUCAUUUGGAAAUGACAAAGCGACACAUCACACCCUCUUCGCCCCACAACAGCACAAAAACCAGAAAAAUUUCUUAAAACACAAAACUUUAAACUCGGCCCAGGGACAACUGAAAAGCAAUGUUAAAGAACCACCCAGUAAGGUAACAGCAGGUCUCUGAGAAUAACAAGAUCAAUUUCUGCCCAACAGGGAGGGGAGGGGAGGCACUCCCACUUGAUGAAUGGGUGGAUAAUUGUUAACUUCAAACGUUUCCCCACUUUGUAUAAUUACAUAAAUAUUAAAGGACCUUUUCCUUGUC